CCAAGGUGUGAAACUGGGUGUGGGUCACAAUCAGCCAGGGUUUCGGGUGAGCUCAUUGUGAAACCUGGCCCCACCUUAUCAUGCGAAUUCCUGAGGUCAGAUAUGAGUGGGCGUUACGGCGUCUGGGAAUCAUUAAUCGUCAUCGAUCAAUCACCAAUAGAUCGUGGUGGUAGUGUCAAGACUGUCCUGCAAACUGGAACCAAGAACAUUUGCCUUCAAAGUAAAGGAACCAUGGGAAUACCACUACCCAACUGCAUUUGGGAACCAAUAUGUUGAACAUGGUCCGCAACAUGUCCGCAUGAGGGGAGCCUGUUCUGGGCGGUGAGAGACAAAUGGUGAAAAAUUAAAAGUAAAGCGACUCUCCCCUCAACGCACAGCCGAUUCCUCACCCCAACCCCCCACCCCUCCUCCUUCUCCCCUCCUGAGUCGGAUGGCUCCGAAUGACGAGCUGCAGUAAUGGAAGUCCACCCGCCGUUCAGCACCGUGGCCAUGAAGCAGCUCAAAGGGUAGGGUCUGCCGUGAGCUCGCCUCACCCUACCCACCCUGCACCCCCAUCCCCCAUCAGCUCCACCUGAGAGCACACUCCCACUCUGAAGUGAAUAUUCAUCAUCCUGAACCCUCCCUCCUAUCGCCACCUCGGCCACGGCUUUGGAAGACAAACAUGACGCGCAUUGCGAAGACACUGGUUGAUGUCUGAUAUAUAUACCUCUGAGGUGUCGAGCGUAAAACCAGCGGAGCAAUGAAUGGCGGAAAGGACUGCGAGGCAGGAGAUGAGAGGCAGGCCGUCCCUGUCCAGGUCCCCAUUGGCUGGCAGCGCAAGACAGAGCACGGUGGAGGGGUCGUGUACAUAAGUCCCAGUGGCUCGGUGCUGUCCAGCUUGGAGCAGGUGAGGACCUACCUGCUGACAGAUGGAACCUGCAAAUGCGGCCUGGAGUGCCCACUCAUCCUCCAAAAGGUGUUCAACUUCGACCCCGGGGCAGCUGUCAAACAGAGGACAGCGGAGGAUGUGAAAGCAGACGAAGAUGUCACCAAACUCUGCAUUCAUAAGAGGAAGCUGCUGGCUGUGGCCACACUGCACAAGAGCAUGGAGACGCACCCGCCUCUGGCACUGACCAGUUCAGGAGGAGGUACAUCGUCUGUGGUUGCUGUGCAUUCCACAACUCAACGAGCAAUAAGGACUAAACCCCACGAUGGCGUGCCCAACUCUGUUGGCCCUGACUGUAAGAACCCUUUCAAGGUGAUGAUGGCAGGUGGACAGCAGCAGCAGAGGCUGUAUCCACCCCAGGAGUUGGGUGGAGCCCAGCAGCCAGAGCAUUACCCUGGGUACCCCAGGCUGCAGAGGCUGGGCAGCGGGGAGCCAGGCCCUAAAUCCCCUUACCGGUCCGGGUAUGGAGGCAUGUUGAGCCCACCUCCAUCUGGUGCUAAGCUUUAUGGAGAUGCCUCGCAGUCUCCCAGUACAGAAACUCUGGGCAGCCCUGAGGGCUUUACAAGGACCAAUCCUUGUGGGUUUCCAGGAGGCGGUAGCCCUGGCUCAGCCUCUAUCCACGGAAACACUAGGACACCUCUUUCCCCGCCUAGUGUGAUGCUUCACGGCUCCCCAGCGGGCCAGCCAUCGUGUGCCAUGACAGGAAGGACUAGCACGCCCCUCUCCCCAACGGCCACUGCCAAAAGCCCUGUCAUUAACAUGAACAUGCCGCGGGGGAACUUCCCCCCUGGUAUGGAUAUGCCCCGUGCAACAUUUCACCAUAAAACACAGCCCCCUGUGCACCCUGUACCGCCCCCUCCAUCCAUACCGCCAUCCUGUGCCCUCCAGAAAAGGCAGUUAACGUCUGAAAAGGACCCCUUAGGCAUCCUGGACCCCAUCCCUAACAAGCCAGUCAGCCAGACUCCCACCAAUGCCCCAACACCCUCCAACUUCCAGCCUAACAUCCACUCUCAGGUACCAGUGAUGAAUGUAAACAUACCCCCUCCCGCCAUUGUUCCCUUGCCAAGCAACUUACCGUUACCCACAGUGAAGCCUGGGCCUGUGGGUCAUGGUGGCCAUGUUCAAAGGACUCAGCAGGGUGGUCCGGCUUCCUCCAUGUCUCCCUCCCCCGUUACCUCACCUGUCCACAUGGCUGGGCCUGCGCUUGGGAGAAUAGAGGCCUCCCCUCAUCGCUCGCGUUCAUCCUCCACCUCCUCUGAUCACGGUAACUUUGCGAUGCCCUCGGGACAUCAGGCCCCGUGUGGCACCAUAAAGGUUCCUCCUCGUUCCCCUCGAUCAGCUAUGGGGUCUCCCAGGCCCGCCAUGCCCUCCAGCCCCUCCACCAACAAAACCGAUGCACUCCAUCAGUACAAAGACUCCCAGCUGCUGCCCGGUAUGGCAAAUUCAAUUGGCGCCCAGCAGCACGGCAAUCCCAUGUACUCUCCAACCUCUUCCUCCUCCUCGUCAUCUUCUCUGGCCACGCCCAGUGCUUCCCAGAAGGGUCACCCGGGACUCCUGGGGAUGCCCCUCAACCAGAUCCUCAACCAACAGAAUGCCGCUUCCUUCCCCGCCAGCAGCCUCCUGUCAGCCGCAGCCAAAGCACAGCUAGCAAAUCAAAACAAACUCAGCGCUGCUGGCAACAGCACUACUGGCAUGGCUGCUGGUGGUGUUGGUAUGUCAGGCAUGGGGGCAGGUGGCGGAGGUAAUGGAGGGGGUGGAGGGCAUCCUGGCCCCGUGAGUGGCCCUCGAGGCAUGGAAGGACACAGCACUUUAAAUCCCAUGCUCCCGCCAAACUCCACCAUGCUGCUCAACACUCCUGAGGGCCAGAGCGGCCGGGCAGCUCUCAGAGACAAGCUCAUGGCCCAGCAGAGGGAUCCCAUGCGCAAACGAAAGCAAUCAUCCGGGAGCGGUGCCGUAAACCAUGACAACAACAUGGUGUAUAGUAUGCUCAGCAAGCCAGGCAUAGGAGGACACCACAUGCCGGGCCCCAGUGCCACUGAGCAGCUACGAAAAGUGGGACGACUCGGAAACCUUCACCCGAACACCUCCAUGGCCCAGCUUCUUCAGUCCAUGAGCAGCCACAGUUCUCACAACCUGGCAGGCAGUGGUCAUCGUCCAGGUCUAAACCCCGGACCGGCAUCCGGCGCUUCAGGAGUCGCACCGCUACACUACAACGACAAUACCGGCAUGGUCCCCGGUGGCACUCAGCAGAACCUCCUUGUCCAGCAGAGGCUGCGGGGUCCAGGGGAAACCCUGCAGCACUGCCAGAACAUGGACACCUCUGGGGGCCACCUGGGCCCACGUCCAGGCCAGUUCCCGGACAUGAUGGCUCAGAUGCAGGCAUCCUCCAUGAGUAACUGUGGGCCUAUGGGGCCAGGCGGCACACUGGUGGGACCUGACGGCAUAGCGCUGGGGCGCCCAAACACUAACCCCCCACCACUAUCGCAUCCUGGUCCCCACCCCUCACAGCUUCAUAGCAUGGGACGGACUAACAUGGUGAUUCCACAUGGAGGUGGUGAUGGAAGCUGUACCCAGAGCGUCUCCGAGACAGGAAACCCCUCGUCACUUGGAUGUGGAAUGGGCGCUCUACAGCCACAUGUUAACGCCGGUGGAGGUCAGAUGUACCCGCAGCAGGUCCAUCAGGGCAUGCAGCAAGCAGUGGUAUCUCAUCCUGCCUACCAGGGGCAGCAGCACUUCUCCGACAACCCGCCAUACGCUGACAGCAACAACGCCAAGUCCGGCUCCAUGGCCUGCCUCUACCAGAACUACCAGCAGGGGAUGCUGCCACACCCACAAUUUGGGGAGGAGCAGCAGCCCCAAGGUGAGGGACUUCCAGCGGGUACGCCUAGCUCUGACAGAGCCCCCGGCGGAGGGCCAGAAUCGGUGGACGCCAUCUACAGAGCUGUUGUGGACGCAGCCAGCAAAGGCGUGCAUGUAACCAUCACCACGACAGUGAGCGGGACAACGCAGGCGAGUCCGGUGCACGCCCUCAGUGCCAUGAGUGCCUUCACUGCCUCCAUAAGGGAACCUGUCAACCUCCCCCAGGCAGUCAGCGCAGUCCUGCAUGGGCACCAGGAAGGGGAGACCAUACCCCAGCAAGCCAGAGUGCGGCAGGUGAGGCCUGGGCGGGGUCAGAAGAACAUGGAUCCAGGGAAGAGCACUCCGGAUGGCCCUGAAGCCAAUGAUUACUUCCGUUCUCCUGGACGCGGGACUCCCAGGGGGCAGUGGGACGGGGAGACUCAUCAUGGGGGAGGCUUCGACAGUCAGAACAACAACAACGCCUGGGGUGGUGAGGAGUUCCUGGAGUGCUCGACCCAAGUAAGGAGUAGUCCCUGCAUGGAGAGACCUGCCAGUCUGGCCCCUGCGCCACCCUGCCCCACCGAUGGGUCCAACGACCACGGCCUGGUGAUGGCCCACGAUAAGGCCUACCUCGAUGAUAGCUUCCGGUUCAACAACUGCGGUCGGGCACCAGCUAACUACAAGGAACGUCUGGAGCAGACGGUGGAACGUUGCGCCCAUCUCAACGGCACCACGCCCCACUUCAACACCCGGGGCUACGGAGAAGUCCUGGGCCCUCCACGGCAGGAUGACGACCAGUCACCCAGCUCCUCCACGAGCCUGGAGGGCCCUCUGGCUACAGCCAAAGACUACAGCCACUACAACGGCCACUUCAAUGGAAUGGCGCCCAGCCCUUCGGACACGAAGAGCCUGAGCAGUGAGGAGGACCUCCGGCAGCCAGACUCGCCCUCGUCGGAGCUGCUCCACUACCGGUCCAGGACCUUCAACAUGGGAGAGCUGGUCUGGGGCCAGCUGAAGGGCUUCCCGCCGUGGCCUGCAAAGCUGGCCGGGGAUGAGCAAGUGCACAGCGCUGCCAUGCAGCUGCGGGAGCAGGCCAAGGUAGAGCCAGAGAAGCUGAAAACACUAACUCAUGACUUGGAGGCAUUCGACCGCGCCGCCAAAAGAGGCCUAAAACCGGGGAAACUGAAUAAUCACUUGGAAGCUGCUAUCCACGAGGCCAUGAGCGAGCUAGACAAGAUGUCGGGCACAAUCCCGUCGAGGGAUCGUCAGGUGAAGCUCCCCAAGCCGAAGAGGAGGAAGAUAUCCAGAUAACAUUGAAUGUGUUGGCCCAAGAACGUCCUCAGAGCCUUUCGGAGACUUUGUCCGUUCAGCCUUGAUGCGAUCUGAGCUCUCUAACAGGUGCUACACGCGGACUUUCAGUGGUACAUCGUUGUUCCAUGAUAUCAACUUGACUUAAUGACUGACCACAGAAGGUGCUGGAAAUUCCAAUCACCACUACAGUUUAUAGACUGUAGGAAAAAACAUGAAUACAGAAAAACAUCAAAAACGGUUGCAAUUUGUCUACAGCUCACUGAAUUAACUAUUUUUUUCUAGUAUAAGAUAGUAAAAUAAACAAAAAAAGCUACAAGCAUUACCUUACAUAUUUAAGAAAAAUAGACAGUCCAAAUAUUUCUGAUACAUUUUCAAUAUGUAUAUAGAUAAUCCUGAAAUUUCAUGCUAUUAAGAAUUGUAUGUAAAUAUUGUACAAUGUCAUGUACAACCGUACCUAAUGCACAUUUUAUCUUUUAUUGUACAAAACAAAGCAGAAGUGUACCAAUGUCUUGGUUUCUAUUCAGAAAUGCGGUCGCAUAUGGCCGCAUGCAUAGGAUAAAUAAGAAUACAGCCUAAAGCUUUUAUAUGAUGAACUGUAAGAUGUGCUGUUUUCUUUUUUCUUUCUUUUUCUUUUCUUUGUUGUUUUAUUUUUGUAAGGGAACAGCGAUGAAACUGACAUGAGCUCACCAUAACAGUAGUCACUCCAGCUAAGUGUUCAUUUGUAAUGGGGAGAAAAAACAGUUAAAAAACACAGAAUGAACUUUACCAGCAGAAAGUGUUCAGUGUCCCACCUCACCCACACCCUGUAUCCCUACCCUCCCACAGCCUGUAUCCCUCCCACCGAGACCCCAGCCGGCUCCACCAGUCACCACGUUGACAGGAAAGUCGUGUUACUUGGUCUGGUUCUGGGUUUUUCAGGUGUUGUAAUUUAUGAACAAAAACUUUUUUUGAGUGUUUUCAGAAGGAAAAAUCCACUCACAGACACUUAAUUUUCCAAAACCUCCACAAUGAUUGUUUUUAGAAGAGGUUCAUUCAUUUAAAGUAAAAAUGAUGGGAAAAAAAGUCCUAAACAUGGGUUGUCCAGCUUCUGAAACGGCAAGACUUUUUUUAUGUUGUUGUAAAUUAAAUGCUAUUAAUUAAUGUUGGACUUCAGAAGUUGAGCUCUUUCUGCCAGCGUGCUUACAUGCACUGUAGUUAACUCUGCUGACGUUACAUCUGCUGGCUGUGCAGAGUUUUUAACUGGAACAAGUGUACAUUGCAAAACAAGUUUUAGCCCAUUUUAGGCUACUGAAAUGAUGAAUUGAUGGAUAUUGGUGGUCUUGGUGCAUCUCUGAAAAACAUCCCUGAUUUAAUGAUUUCAGUGGUUUGGGGCUGAGGUUUUUUGUGGUUUCUGAGUUGCGGCACAGAAUAACGGAAUGAGGAACCAGUUUUGAGGCUGCGUAGCGUCGGGUAGCAAGUGAGUUGGGGUUGUUUCAGUGGCAGGAGAUUAAUUUUGAACAGAAUUUCAAGGGUUGCAUGAGUGAAGUGUCUGGAUUUCUUAGGUAGCCCAUCCCAAAUUUAAUAUCAUGAGCAGUUCCAACAUUGGGGUUGGCCAUUUUUGGUUGCCUUUGGACCGUUGGUCUUUGGUUAGCAUUUAUAGAUUUGGCACCAGAUAAUAUGACCCUGAGCUAUCUUGUCCUGUCUUAGAUGCCUUUAGCUUACCUUUAAACAGCUUUGAGAACCCCACAUAGGGUUGCAUUACACAGUAACACAGUAGCUUGGGGUAGUAUCAGUGAACACAAUUUCCAAUAGCAGCCCAGCCCAUAAUCUCUGAUGUCAGUGGUUCCAGCUUUGUGACUGGCAGCACUGUUGGGAGUGGCAGUCUUUAUUUUGUAAAAAUCUAUGGAAUAGGCGUCAGAUUUGGCGUCAGCUUGAUGGAUGUAGCGCAGCCACUUCUGCCUUGUUGUGUCUUGAGGACCAGCCCGCAUUUUGACAGUUUUAAAACAAAUGUAAUACAGUAUUAGGUUGUACAAGUUUAAGUAACUUCUUACAGUAGCUUCUCCCACCAGUGGGUCCAAAUUUGAGACCGGCAUUUUGUUUUAGUGUUUGUUUUCUGUUGGGGGGGGCGGCAUGCUAAUGCCUUGUUAAUGCCAAUGUUUUUGGGAUCUAUACAAGUUGUUUUUUGAGGGGCAUGCAUCUGUAAUACACUGUAAAACAAGAGGUAGUAGAUACUGGGGGUUGAACAAGGGUUGGGGAAAGUUCUCUGGAACUACAAUCAUAAUGGAAAGAAUCUGUGUGCUGUCUGUUUGAAAUCACUGUGCAUUUCAUGUAGUCCCAGACAUCUGCUGCUCCAGGUUUGGGACCAGUAUUUUGCGUUGCAAAUGCAUAGAGCUGGUCUAGAUUGGGCACUAACACCUACUAAUUGGGAAAUAUGUAUCAGUGGUCUAAUUAAGACUUUUUCUUCUAUGUCCUCUUUUAUGAGGUUUUGGUUGACAUUAUUUUAAAUCUGCAGAUGGCAUAGCUGGAUGCUCUGUUGGCAUAGGGUUAACUUCAUGUCACUCGAGUGCUUACAUGUAAAAUGGCUUUUUUCAGGAGAAAUCUUUUGCUCCCUGCUUACUGAAACCAUAAAAGUCCAUCGCUACAUGCAUAUAAACACACUGUGAGAUGUUUAGACUCAUCCUGGUCCAUUUUCAGUAUGAUGAGUAAAAUAAGCCCUGCUCUUAGAUUUGAAAGCUUUAACUCUCAUUGUUGGAAGUCAAAAAACCAUAAACCACUACAUCUGAAAAUGCAGACAAUUUCAGUUUGCUUUGUGUUGUAAUCACAAACUUUGGCCAGUUAUUAACAUGGGUGGAUUUUUCCUUCAGCAACAAGAAUCACAGGCUGCAUCGAACGAUCAUGUCAUUGAUUGUCGCGAUCAUAUUCACAUGCUUGUUUGUACAGUGACUGUUUUUAUUUUUGUUCUCCACGUGUUUUUACCCACAUCUUUCAGUAGAGUAACUGACCUCCGAGGCAUCUGAAGCAACACUAACUGGGCUUUCCAGAGCAGUGAAAGCGCUUUUAUUUUAUUUUGGUUUUCCAUUUUAGAGGCCUUGUUGUUUGUUUUUCAUAUUGAUGUAAAUUAUUUAUGUACAGUACUCCAUAUUUAUUUUAAGCUUUACAAAUAUGCUAGAUGGCAAUAAUACUACCAAGAGUUGAGAACUCAAGCCUUAUAUGUGUAUAUGUAUGUUUUCUUUCCUUUUUUAACAAGUGAAUUGUAUUCAGAGUCCAUUACAAACAAAAAGGUCAUAUUCUGUCUUAUUUAAGAAGUGAACGUUACAGAUAACAGUCUUUUUAAUUACAGUGAGGUUUUCUAGUCUUCAUGUUUUUACUUGUUACAGAUUGUGUCAUGGUAGAGAAAAAGAGCAUCUUAUUUAUGAACAUGCACAUCUGAUGUUGGUAAUAAAUGCAGUUUGAACACUACAAGUUAUCAGCGUUUGAAGCUGAGAAGAAGAAUCAUCAUUCGAUCGGUCUGACAGUAUUGGAAACGGAUCAAAACCACCGGCAAUCUCUACGGAAUAACCAAGUGCAAUAUUACCAAUCGAUGGCAAAGAUCAACACUGCGAAACACUGCAUCUCUCAUUGUUUGGACUCUUCUGUGUUGCCUGUUUUGCUUUUCUUUCUUUCUUUUUUUCUUAAUAGUCAUCUUUUCUGAUGCUCUAACCUGAGAGCAAUGAAGUAGAAAUUGAUGUGUAGCUUUAUUUUUACACGCCAGCCACAACCGUUAACCCAAUUAGCCUCAAAGUUUGAACUAAAAUACUGUUACUUGAACUUUAUACGCAAGAACUCUAACAAAUAAAAAGUUAAAACCAAAUAAUACACUACUGAAAGAACAGAUUCCCCUUUGUCAGCCUCUAAAACAAGGGGUGCACCAUUAUUGGCCAAAUAUCCAUACGGACACUGGUAUCGGCCAAAUAUCUGCAUCUUUGGUAGAUUUACAGAUAUUAGAGGCCAAUAUUUUGCAGCAAGAACUAAAAAGACCUUUUAAACAAAUUAGUUAUUUUACCUGACAUCAAGGGUGAAAUUUUGUGCAACAAAAACUGAAAAAAAUAAAGAUAUAUAAUUGCCCUUUGAAACAUCCAUUUCUGUGCUUUCCAAAUGAAAACACUACUAUGACUACAUAUCCAUAACAAAUGGAGCCUUUAAGUCAAAUCUAAUUCCUGCAUUUUUAAGUCAAGUUGUACUGUAUUUUCCAAUGAGAUGUCUCUCUACCUUAUUGUGUUUUUGUGCACACUGAAAAAAACUGAGAAUGGUUUUUUUUUUUUGGUUUUUUUUAAAAAAGGUAAUUUUUUUUCUUUGUUUUUCUCUUUUGUUUACUGUUAAAAAUAUCAGUAUCAAACGCGAACACAAGGCAUUGUUGUUACCUUCACAGCGGCAACAACAUAAGCAAUACCUGUGAAGAAUGUGUUUAAAAACACGUCCCCGUUAUUUUCAGCGUGCACCCUUUUGAGAGUCGAGGUUUUGUUAUCUUGUCUUACUGUAAACCUUCGGAGGAGAUGUCCUCCGGCCGUUUUCCAAAAUGUGACGUUCGCUGUGGAGAACAUGUGAGCUGUUUCGGUAAAGUUCAUUCUGCCUCGUCUCCCCUUCUCUCCAUCUCUUUUUAAAAAAUAAAAAGCAAAACAAAUUAUGUUUUCUUUUUUGGUUUUUGUGCAAUGACAUGCAGGUUCCUGCACUUGUGACCGGAACCCCAUGUGUUACGGAUCUGUUAUUGGUUUCUUGUAAUUCGUGGUCAAGAGUUCAAAGCAUUUUUUGUGUUUGAGGUGGUCCGUGCGGUCUAUUUUACCCUCCCGUCUCCUUCCACCUGUGAUUGUGUGAGGUGUGAGUGUGAGUUUUAUUUUUUCCAGUGUUUGUUUCUGCUCUUUAAAUCUCCCAUCCUUUCGUUGUCAGUAUUCUGUUUCUUCAACUUGUAAUUAAGUAUAUAUUUUCUCACUAAUAUAUACUUUACAAAAAAUAGACCUGCGUGAAGUAUGAUGUGCACUUGAUUGCUCUUGUUUAUUUUUCUUUAUUUGCAUUAAUGUGGGCUAGGGAUAGUUUGUCAGAGUCCAUUAUUUUGAGAUUGUUUGGACUUUUUUUAAUGGUUUGAUGUACGCAGCAUUUUUUUUGUAAAUAUUGUGAAACAUUACAGGUCAUGCAGUGAUGUAACAUUUUGAAAAAUGUUGCACAGAUGUUUAAGAUAUUAAAAACAUGGUCACUCUUACUUGAA